AUGAAUCCCCAUUGCACACGGAAGGUCAUAGGUGGCGAGUUACAAGAGCGCUUGAUUCCUGUGCCCUACAGCAAGACUUCUACCGAUCAAGCUAUCCGUGUGGUGAACGCGUUCCGGCAGGGGUUGGACUCGCGCGGCUCGCUCGCUGACGCCGCGCUGGCUGAAGCACUCCGCAAGCAGACGGCGCUGGCCAAGCGCUUCUCACACUCGUCUAGCGUGGAGUACGACGCGCCUCACUCCCUCGCGCCGCACGACCUGGACGUGGAGCGCCUCUCCAGCCACAGCCACACGGAGACCGCCGUCUAA